AUGGGUCGGGAAUACACUGUUUGCAAGGGCUGCGGAAAUUGGAUCUACACAGAUCUAAUCACGCAGGACCUCAAAUGCAAGAAGUGUGCAAAGACCUGGCCCACCAAGGGGAGGCGCCGGUUUCAGGGCCCCGUGGAGGACAAGUCGUCGGAUGAGGUGGCCCUUCUGGACUUAUUGCAGGCCCACAUUGGGGAUUUGCCAGCGGACGUCCAGACAGCGCUGCACAACAGGAACAAGGUUCCUGAUGUUCCGCCAGAAGAAGCCGCCAUAACAGCCACGAACGAGCUCAAAGGGGCAUCUACCAAGCUGCGGUCCUUAGGCCACCGCAAAAUUCGUCUCCAAGCCAAGAUUGACGAAUCGAAAGCCGCCCUCAAAGCGUUGUAUGUUGAAAUGCAAAACUUGAUGCAAGAGCUGAAAGCGGCUGAGGAAAAUAUGGAAACCCUUGCCAAGACCUUCCGGGACAAGGUACUUCAGGCGCCCGUUCAAGAAGAAGAUGAGGACUUUAAUCUGUCCGAGGUGCUUGGAAGCAUUGGCCUUUCCCUUGAUGAAGCCCAACUCCAAAAGGUGCGGGAUGCCCAGGCCCAGCACAAGCUCCAGCGAAGGCAGAAGGCUGCGGAGCAGCUGCUGGCCCAUGCCGGUUUCCCGCCUGGAUUGGGGGGGAGUCCUCCAGGUAUAGGGGGUCAGGCCAUUGCAGCCCAGUUGGAAGCCAUUGGGGUGACCCUGACCCCAGACCAAAAGAACAUGGUAAUCACUGGGCAGUGGCCCGGCCCCUCACAAACAAUCGACCUCAAGGCGGCGAUUGAGCAAGGAUGCCCCAACAUGGAAAUCGAAGACCUUGAGCUAAGACGAGAAGAACUUGAAGUGCAGCUUGAGCGCAAACGACGCAAGCUGGCUACCCAAAGCGCCUCCCCACCCACCUCUGUCAAAGAAGGGGGCAAGGAAAAAGGGGAGCGCAGAGGUUCGGAAGCCGAACAAGGUUUUGUCACUGUGUAUAAAAAGAAGUGGAAGGCGAAGGGCCAGCUUUCUUGGUCCAAAGACGUUGAGAAGGCUAGCACCCGUGUGCCCUCCGCGAGCCUUUCAGGCAAUCCCGAGUCUCAGGCUGUUUUGACCACACCAUCCAAGCCGGGGACGGAGGACGAUUUUGACCCUUUCCCCCUUUCUAGGGGGGUUUUUACAAACAAUAUCUCACCUGAGUGGAGGGAGUUCGGUCCUUCCCCGAUCAAUCUCUACAACCGGUUUUCAGCCCUGGCGGAAGACGAAAAUCCCAACGAUGAAUUCACCUCCCUCCUCCUCAAGGCCAAAGACCAGUCACUUGCUGCAUUUGAGGAGGAAUUGGUGGAACUGGUGGACAAAAUGCCGAUCCGCCAAGGGUCUCUUGAGGAAUGGGCGGCCAACCAUGCAUUGCAUCAACUGGCCACUCACAGAAACGAACCUAGUGUUUGUUUGGAGGCAAUUGCAGAUGCAAAAAGGCAGCCCAAAGACGAACCAGCAAAAUUUGAAAUCACAGUUGCCAAUGUCACAAGAUGGAGAGCUGAGAUCAAAACGUGGCUCCUAGAUAGGCGACCACAGGGGGUGUGUCUCCAGGAAACCCACCUCACAGCCAAAGAACAGCAACUUGCCAUCCAUCAGUUGGACCAGGCCGGGUACGCUGCCUGGACCCUACCGGCCCACCCAACUGAGGGGGGCAAAAACUCUGGAGGCGUCAUUAUUGCGGUUGAAAAACAUCGAAAUUUCCGAUUCCUGAGAUCCUUUGGUGUUGAAGGUAAAGGGUAUGUGGCUGUGGUAGGUAGAACCGGGAAGAGGGACAUUGUUUUUAUUUCCAUCUACCUUGAAACCAGUGUAGGCCUCACUGGAGGACACAACCCCACCAUUGUCGGUGAUCUUAUUGCCUUCAUUAAAGGCCUCACCAUUGAAUGGUUUGUAGCGGGGGAUUUCAACCUCCCACCACAAGACAUACUCGAAACCUCGAUUGAGUCCCUCCUGCGCGGGAAAGUGCUAGCUACUAACGAGCCCACCAUCAUGGGUGGCAAUGAAAUCGACUUUGCCAUAGCUAGCCACACCGUCUCAAAUGGGCUUGAAAUCAAAACUGAUUGGGACGUUCCCUUCAGGCCCUUCCGGAGACCUGUUGACGAUGAACAGGCACCGUUCCAAGGACAAUUCACCUCGGUUUAUCCCAGCCUCCUCCUAGAGCCGAGGGCGGAUGACGCCAUUACAGCUGGGUUUGCCGGUUUUACUCAGCGUGUUGAGGCGAGCCUCUAUCCCUCGGACAUCAGAGGCAGGGGUUUCGUCUGGGCUGGUGGGAAGUCCAAAUUCUGGGGUAGACUUAUGGUCUGGCACCGGCAAGGCCUCCGCAUUGGUCUAAGUCCCAAGCUUCAGCAGGUGGUCCAAUCCCACCUUUCCCAACUCCUUCUCAAUUGGGAGGAAUGCGAUGCAUUCAGGUGCCAGACAGCGGUUAACCUCAUCCAAGAGCACUUUGGAAAAGAAGGGCCCAAAGCCAAAGAGGUCAGACAAAUCAUCGAAACACAACGAAAACUUCACCUGAGGAAAGCACAUCAGGAACAAGCCAAAAAGUACGAGGCCUGGCUCCAAGGUGAUGGGAAAAACCAUCUGCGCCACCUUUACCGGGCACUCAAGACUGAGGAAAACACCACUACUCGCCCAUUUGCGAACCUUGCGGUGGAGGUUAAGCCUCACGCCAGAAGGGCAUGGUGGGCUGACAUGUGGGCCCCAAGUGGGUUGAGCGGCACUCAUGGCACCGACCCUCGCUUGGCCCUGCAGAACCAAGCGAGGAAACAAGCAGCCAACCUCUCGCCCAUUUCGGUGGAGGAAUGGAAUUCCCUCCUAAAAAAGGUCCCAAACAAAGCCCCAGGCCCAGAUGGGUGGUGCUAUGAAAUGCUCCGAGCAUUACCUCAUGAAGCCAUUCUUGAAUUGGCUAGCAUGGUGCGCCAAUGGGAAAUCGAAGCCCAGUUUCCCCAGCACUGUGAUAUCACACAGUAUGCCAUGCUCCCCAAAAAUGAAACAUCCGAACGGCCUAUUGGGUUAACCCAUGUCCUCCACAGGGUAUUUUGCAAGGCGAGAUGGCACCUUAUCACAGAGUGGGAGAACAGUUACAACCCUACCUCUCCCUGGAAUCAGGCAAAGGCAGGGAACAGUUCCCUUGACACGGCCCUUCGCCGCCUAAUCAGGGCUGAAACAAACAAAAGAGAGAAGCGUCACACCAUUACACUUCUCCUUGAUCUAACAUCCUUCUAUGAGACUGUCCCACAUUGGCAGCUCCUAGCCCAGGGUGUCCGACACUCCUUUCCCCCGCUUCUACUUGAAAGAGCGUUAAGCCUUUACUCAGGCAGCCGAUACAUAGAAGCGCAGGGGAGUCUGUCUCGCCCCAUCCGAGCUACAAGAGGUCUCAUAGCAGGUUGCCCUCUCGCCCCUGCUCUUUCCAGAGUUGUGCUCCACGAUCCGAUCUCGAAGAUGCACUCUGCCUCCCCUGUACACCACAUCGAUUUGUGGGUGGACGAUUGCUCAGCAGAUUUUGUCGAUUCUCAUGCGCCGACAGUCGCUGCUCAAGCCAUCAAGUGUUACAGGGAGCUUAAAGCUGACCUCGAGAAUCAGGGCCUGAUGGUCAGCACCACCAAAACGGCUUUCAUCUGCUCAAACAAGGCCUCUGCCAGAGAGCUGCAAUCCUUGCUUGAAGAACAUGAACCCCCCAUCAAAACCUUAGGCAAGGACCUUGGUCUGGAUUAUGCUGCGGGGCAGAGGAGGCGAAUCACAGUGGCCAAAGGCAGGCACGCUAAAGGAGGGCAGCGAGCCAGAAAAUUAACCAAGCUGCAAGUCAAAAGCACUAGCAUCAGAGUUAGACUCUUCAACGGUUCCAUCCGGUCCUCUGCCUUGUAUGGGCAUGAAGGGGUUGGGGUAGCGCCUAAACGGCGCAAAUGGUUCAGAAGUUUGCUGGCUGCAGCCUUGGGCAGACCCACGCUUGCCAGCACUGACUCAGCCCUUGAGUUCCACUCGAACAAAGUUGUAGAUCCAGCCUACACCAUCUUGUCGCAGCAUUUCAAGGCGAUACGGAGGCUUCUUCUCAGCUGGCCCGACAGGGACAUUGGCAGAUUGCACCAGAGCUGGAACAAACUCGGGCAAUGGCUGAGCGAAGCUGAACAUCCCUGGAAAAGGGCGGCUGGACCGCUUGGAGCCGCCUGGUGCUACCUUCAAGAGUUGGGAUGGGAGGCCAUCAGCCUCAGUAAGUGGCGUGUUGAGGGCGACAUUCUUGACAUCCGUCAGGGACCUGACUUCCAUCGACUUCUUUUCCAGCUAAAACAUCUAAUUGACACCAGGCGGCACCGCCGCAUUGCUCAAUCAGAUGGUGGCAAUGGAUUAGAGACAGGACCGGACUGGACAGCCCCCAGAAGGCUCCUCAAACAAGCCAACAAGCAAGAAAAGGCAGCGCUCCAAGCGUUGUGGCAAGGCGCCGUCAAGGCGUCUCCAACAGCCACGUGUUCCCUGUGCAACCUUCCUGCCACCAAGAAGCAUGUACUCUGGGAAUGCAAAUGGUGGAAAAAGCAUGGUGAACAACCGCCUAGAUGGUGGGAAGAUUACCCGGAGCAUCAAUCCACUGAUUGUCUGUGGAAUUUUGGGCUCAUGCCCAACCUUCCCAGGGAAAUGCCCUCCGGAGAUUCCAUUCUGGAAGUCCCAGGAGUCCUACGCAAUCCUGACCAAAUCCCUGAAGGCGCUUUCGCGGCCACGGACGCCAGUGGUGGCCCCACCACUGACCAUCGGCUUCAAACCGUGGUGUGGGGGUUGAUAGUCUAUGAAUGGUGUGGGGACACGCCCAAGCGAAUUGGGUCCAUUGCUGGUCUCCUUGGUAAUGAGCAGUCAGUGUACCGAGGGGAGGCUAAAGCCAUCCAACAAGCGGCCCUUCUCCUUCCAGAAGGGACCGACGUCACCAGUGAUUGCAAAGGGGCCGUUGCGCGUGCCAGGAGGGGCCCCGCGGGGGGAGGAGCACACCAAGACAUUUUUGGUACUGCGCCCACCCAUGAGCUUCGCCUUACAUGGGUCCCAUCCCAUUUGGGAUGUGAGGAAUUAAUUCAAGGCAAAAAUGGGGGAAGGCCAAGAAUGGCGGCGCAACAUCAACGCUGA